CGGGCUCUGUACGCUGUUUUCGGGUCUAAACACAGACUCAGUCGUCCUAAUACACACAAGACCUUUAAUCCCACUGCUAUAUGCUACUGCUACUGCUCCUCAGAGAUCAUGGUGAUCUUCAGCAUCCAGACACACCAGUGUGUUAGGACACGCCCCUCUCAUCAUCAUUGGGCAGCCCAUGCACACGCACGACACCAUGGGUAGCUCCCCAGAGGUGCUGUCCUGGACUUCCUGCCCCAGUUUGCUGGUGGGCAAGCUGAAGGAGGAGCUCAAGCUCACUGUGGCCGGGGACGCCAUGAAGAAAUCCAACCCGCCCAACUCACAACCCCAGCCUCCUCAGGCCCCUCCCUCUAACCUACCUCCUCAGAUCAUCACGGACCUGGCCCCGCCAACACACCUGCCCGUCCCCGUGCAGACGCUGCAGACGCCCGGUCAGGACGAGGACUCUAUGCUGGGGGGGGCAAGCCCCCCGAACACGGCGCUGAGUGUGGACUCCAUGCGGAGCGACGGCGGGCACUUCGACAACAGCGUGCUUCAGCUGCAGGAGCACGAACAGGAAGAAGCUGUGUCACCGGCAUCCUGUGAGCACGGGUGUGGCAGUGGGAUGGAGGAACAGAUGGUGGAAGGGGAAUGUCCCAUGCACCAAAGUGGAGAGGGGAGACAGAGCCACCCACAUCACCCUGAUGACAUCAAGCUGCAUUUCCACAGAGCAGGCCCUGGGUCAGGGGGCUUCUUAGAGGGGCUGUUUGGCUGCCUGCGGCCGGUCUGGAACAUUAUAGGGAAGACGUACUCAACAGAAUACAAGCUACAACAGCAAGACAUGUGGGAGGUUCCCUUUGAGGAGAUUUCGGAGCUGCAGUGGCUGGGCAGCGGCGCACAGGGAGCGGUCUUCCUGGGCAAACUAAACUCUGAGGAGGUGGCCAUCAAGAAGGUGCGCGAGCAGAAGGAGACCGACAUCAAACACCUGCGGAAGCUCAAGCAUCCCAACAUCAUCAGCUUUAAGGGCGUCUGCACUCAGGCUCCGUGCUACUGCAUCAUCAUGGAGUACUGCGCCCAGGGCCAGCUGUACGAGGUGCUGAGGCUGGGAAGGAAAGUGACCCCCAGGCUGCUGGUGGACUGGGCCGCAGGCAUCGCCAGCGGCAUGAAUUACCUACACCUGCACAAGAUCAUCCACAGAGAUCUCAAGUCUCCCAAUGUUUUGGUCACCAGCGACGACACUGUGAAAAUAUCUGACUUCGGAACGUCCAAAGAGCUCAGUGACAAAAGUACAAAGAUGUCAUUUGCGGGUACGGUGGCCUGGAUGGCCCCAGAGGUGAUCAGAAAUGAGCCUGUCUCUGAGAAGGUCGACAUCUGGUCAUUUGGAGUUGUAUUGUGGGAGCUGCUGACCGGUGAGAUUCCCUACAAAGAUGUCGACUCCUCUGCCAUCAUUUGGGGAGUCGGCAGCAACAGUCUUCACCUUCCAGUCCCCUCCACCUGCCCCGAUGGCUUCAAAAUCCUCAUGAAACAAACAUGGCAAGGUAAGCCCAGGAAUCGGCCUUCGUUUCGUCAGAUUCUCCUGCACCUCGACAUCGCCUCCGCUGACAUCCUCGGAACUCCUCAGGAGACCUACUUCCAGUCUCAGACUGAAUGGAGGGAGGAAGUGAAGAAACAUUUUGAGAAGAUCAAAAGUGAAGGAACCUGCAUCCACAGGCUGGACGAGGAGCUGAUCCGGCGCCGCAGAGAGGAACUCAGACACGCACUGGACAUCCGGGAGCAUUAUGAGAGGAAACUGGAGAGAGCCAACAACCUCUACAUGGAGCUCAGUGCCAUCAUGCUGCAGCUGGAGGUCCGGGAGAAGGAACUAAUGAAGAGAGAGCAGGCAGUGGAGAAGAAAUAUCCUGGGACCUACAAGAGGCAUCUGGUCCGACCCAUCGUCAGGUCCAACGCUGUGGAGAAGCUCAUCAAGAAGAAAGGAAGCAUCUCCCACAAACCCGGCGUUCCCCCCACCAAAAGGCCAGACUUGCUUCGUUCUGAUGGCAUCCCCAGUGUUGACCCUGUCCCCUCCCCCUCGCCGCUGUCUGCCAGCCCAAAGGUCUCCACCCCUCCCGGUAAAGCCCGUUACCGGAGCAAGCCUCGCCACCGCCGCGCCAACAGCAAAGGAAGCCACAGCGAGUUCCCCGGCGUGCUGAGGCCGGUCGCCGGGGCCCUGGAAGACACCCGGUCUCUCCAGGCGCCGCCGUUCCACCAUCUCCACCACCACCACCUCCUACCCAAUAAGGGGCCCUUACUUCCCUUGAAGGGCCGCGAGCAGGCUGUUGUCAACUGUGCCAACAACCUGCGCUACUUUGGCCCGGCCGCUCCCCUCCGCAGCCCCCAGACGGACCACCUGCAGCGGCUGGUGUCUGGAUCCGGGCCCGACCUCAUUCCCACCGCUGUGGAUGCAGACACGCGACAACGGACUUCAUCCACUGGCUCCGAUCCUGCCCCGGGUGCUGCCGCCAGUUCUUUGUGCCCCUGCUGCCAGGCACAUCCCUUCCCUGGCUGCCUGCACUGUCAGGAGACCCCGCCUGCGUCCAGCAACCCAGAGCUACCCAACUACUCGCUGCUCGGCACCCAAGAAAGGACCCAGUCGUCUUUAGGGGCUCCAAGCAAGGAUCCAGCCUUGGACGGGGGGGCCUCAAAGAAGACCGAGCUACAGGAACAGGAGGCAUCCCAACACACACACACCCUGCCCUCUGCACUGCCACACAACCUCAGACCGCUCAGGAAGGGUGAUGAGUCAUCUGAAGAGGAGGAGGGAGAGGUGGAUAGUGAAGUGGAGUUUCCAAGGAGACCAAGGCCUCAUCGCUGUAUGAGCAGCUUCCAGUCCUACUCCACCUUCAGCUCGGAGAACCUGUCCGUGUCCGACGGAGAGGAGGGCAACACUAGCGACCGCUCCCACAGCGGGCCCCUGGAGAGGAUGAGCGCCAGUCAGGAGGAGCACCUGGACGAGCUGCUGUCCCACACACCGGACAUCCCCAUCGACAUCAACACCCAGUCGGACGGCCUCUCCGACAAGGAGUGCGCUGUCCGCAGGGUCAAGACACAGAUCAGCCUGGGGAAACUGUGCUCAGAUGAACACAGCUAUGAGAAUCCCCUGCAGUUUGGAGACUCAGACUGCGACACGUCAGAAGCAGAGUGCUCCGACGCCACCAUCAGGAACAACAAAGCCGGGGCUCCUUCCUCGUGGUGAACACA